GAGAGAGGGACUAUUCAGAUCACUGUUGUUGUUUUGUACUUUCUCUCUUCUCCACAUAUCCAAGACUUCGAGGAUAAAGCUGGUAUCGUUUGGUAGUGUCCAAGCAAUCACUCAUUUUCUUCCCUGUCCUCUUCAGCAAGAACUCGUCUCUCGCACUCAAAAAACGGUCAUGUCUGCUUUUGUCGGCAAAUACGCAGAUGAGCUUAUCAAGACUGCCAAGUACAUUGCAACACCGGGAAAGGGCAUUUUGGCCGCAGAUGAGAGCACAGAAACCAUCGGGAAACGAUUCGCUAACAUCAAUGUUGAGAACACUGAGUCCAACCGCCAAGCUUACCGUGAGCUCCUCUUCACUUCCCCUGGCAGUUACCCUUGCCUCUCUGGUGUUAUACUAUUCGAGGAAACCCUCUAUCAGAAAACCUCCGAUGGCAAACCCUUCGUGGAUGUUCUCAUGGAGAACGGUCUUAUCCCCGGAAUCAAAGUGGACAAGGGUUUGGUUGAUCUAGCUGGGACCAACGGCGAGACCACUGCUCAGGGUCUAGACUCGCUUGGUGCACGUUGCCAGGAGUAUUACAAGGCAGGAGCCCGGUUUGCUAAAUGGCGUGCAUUCUUCAACAUUGGGGCCACCGAGCCAAGCGAGCUCUCGUUCCAAGAGAACGUCAAGGGGCUAGCCCGCUAUGCCAUUAUCUGCCAGGAGAACGGACUUGUCCCGAUCAUCGAGCCAGAAGUGCUGACCCGUGGGAGCCACGACAUCAAGAAAUGUGCGGAAGUGACCGAGAAGGUUCUUGCUGCCAUGUACAAGGCCUUGAACGACCACCAUGUCCUCCUCGAGGGCACUCUGCUUAAACCUAACAUGGUCACUCCCGGCACCGACAGCCCGAAGGUUGCACCGGAAGUAGUGGCGGAAUACACGGUGACUGCUCUGCGCCGUACAGUACCACCAGCUGUUCCGGGAGUCGUGUUCCUCUCAGGCAUACAGCGGGAAGAGCAAGCUACACUAAACCUAAACGCAAUGAACAAGCUUGAUGUGUUGAAGCCAUGGACGCUCACUUUCUCUUUUGGUGGAGCCCUCCAGCAAAGCGCUCUCAAGGCUUGGGCCGGUAAGACUGAGAACGUAGCCAAAGCUCAGGCCAAGUUUCUGAUCAGGUGCAAGGCUAACUCGGACGCUACCCUUGGGAAAUACACCGGCGGGGCUUCUGGUAACUUGGCCGCCUCUGAGAGCUUGGGUGAGAUCAUAGGUUACAGGUACUAGGAUCGUUUGAGAACGGGCGUUCGCCUUGAAUGCGGUUUGAGUAUAUGAUGUAACACAUCCUUUUCGUAUCACACAAGCUUCUAAAAUUCUCUGUUUUCUUUUUGUGCUUCUCAGUUUCUAUAUUCUUGUUGAUUUUUCUUUAAUGCUUGCUUCUAGACCUCUAAAGCUUGUAAAGAGGAUCAUCCUUGUAUUGAAUUAAUAAAGAGUUGUUAUAUUAACAAUAAAAGAAUUUAAAAUUGAA